AUACGCUCCACGUGUGGCCAUGAUGAUCACAAUACCAAAGCUUGUAGGCUACAGGAGACCAUUCCUAUCUCUCCGGCAUUUAUCUCAACCAACGAGUGUGUGGAGAAUUUUCUCCAGAAAGGAGCGAUGGUGGAUGGACAAGACUGGCUCACGAAUCGAAAGGCUAUAAGUUCGCGUUAUGUGGAGAAGUUUAUGUCAAGCUGCGGUGCUCUGUGCGCGUAUGUGAGCUUUAAGAGCUAA